AUGGUUGUACCGGAACGCUUUCAAGGCGUCGAUAACGAGGAGGAUGUCACUGGCACCGAUCGAAAUAAACCCGACUUCAUGCAUCAAUCAGUCUAUGGAGUGAUAGGCGCGCACUGGCCGAGCUUUGGCCUGGACAAGCUGCCUGGCUUGUUCGAGGCGGCCAGUGGAAGUGAUAGUGAGGGACAUGGCGCAGAUACGGAUAGCAAAGAUGUGGGAGCGAGAUCUACUGGCGGUGGAAGGUCUAGCUUAGAGGCACAACGGCGGGACUCUAGAAAGGUCAUGCCUGUAGGGACACGAACUCCACCAGCGACGAGCAAAGGAUCUUCAGCUAAGACUACGCGAGCUCGGACAGAGGCUAGUGAGGAAGACGCAAUGUCCCAAUCACAAUUCUUGCCACCCAAGGAGGUUGCGGAAGACAUUGCGAGGCCUGCAAGUGCAAGUGAGGUCAGGUCUGACGCGCCACAUUUAGACCGCAGAUUGGAAGCAGAAGCGAAAGCCGAUGCGAACGACCCCAGCAUAUCAUCAGUGCCGAGAGCAGAUGUCGAUGCUCCUGCCAAGGCCAAGAUCAAUACGUCCAAGGCUGUGGCCGACAUCUUUCAGCUCAGCUCGCCUGAGGAGGUCAUUCGCGAAUACGACUGCUGGUACCUGCUGAACAUCCUCAUGCCCGGCUACAUGUAUAUCACCACGAAGCAUCUCUGCUUCUUCUCCUAUCUGCACAGGAAAGGCGACAGGAUCAUCAAGUCAGGAUAUCUUGGCAAGCAGGGCAAGCACAAUCCACGAUACCGCCGAUACUGGUUUACACUCAGGGGUGACGUGCUCACGUAUUAUGUGGAUGCAUCGAAACCGUACUUCCCAAAUGGCUCCAUUGACUUGCGCUAUGCCACCUCAGCAGAGCUGGUCCCAGAGAAGGGUCAGGACGAUAUCAUGGACUCGCGACUUUUCACGGUCACAAACGAUGCACGCACGCACUACUUCAAGGCCGACAGCGCACCCAGCGCCCAAGAGUGGGUGAAGUCUGUGCAUCGUGUCGUCUUUCGACAACGCAACGAUGGCGACAGCCUCAAGAUCUCCAUACCGCUCAUUAACAUAGUCGGCGUCGAGUCGAGUCCCAUCAUUGGCAUGGUAGAGACGAUCAGAAUGCGCGUGAUUGACAACGAAGACUCGUGUGCAGUUGACGAGUACUUCUUCACGUUCAGCGGCCGCAACAAAGAUCCUCUUGCCACGUUGAACAGACUGACCAAGGACAACGAGGUUCGCUCAUGGGCUCCUGAUCCGCACGACGUCAAGCGUUUGCAAGCGACCGUUGCCUCACCACUAAGGCAUGCCAUCCCGACGAGAGCUUCGCCUUCUUCACCUACUGCGUCGGAUCAUGCUCCAAGCUCUCCUGAUGCUGAUGAAGUCGACAUCAUGUCAGCAAGUCAGAUGCUGACAGGCGAUGAAGCGUUCCGAGCUCCGACGCUGCGUACGCCUCAACAAGCACUUCCCAAAGCGGCGGAUGGGAAGUUCUUGAGAGCAUCUGAGAAAGCGGCUGUGUCGAACUCUAGCAGGCAGAGGAAGGACCCUCCCACGGCACCACCACAUAGCGCUGAUCAGUCGACGUUGCCACUGCGACACAGGCCCAGGUUAUCAGGUGAGAGGCAGCGUCCAUCGAACGCCCUGGUUCAGCCUGCCACUGAGCCGAAGAAGAUCACGCUGGCAACUCCUCUGCAAUACGCGUACGGUCUGGCGAAUCAAGUAAGCAGUACGACUACACGAGGCCUAUCAUAUCUCGGCAGCAGCCCCAAGGAGUAUUAUAACCGCUUCUCUGGCGCUCUUGCUGGCGGUAAGAGGCACUACUCAGAAGCCGAUGGCUUAUCACCCGAGGAUCGAAUCGACGACCCUGAGUCUGCAAUGGACGUAGCCGAGCACGAACGCAGGUUCCGUGAGCACUUUGGUCUGCCAGAGUCGGAGCGUCUGGUAGCUGUAUUCUAUUGCUCGCUACAUCGGGUGCUGCCACUAUAUGGCAAGGUCUACAUCGGCACGCGCAACUUCUGCUUCCGGAGCCUGAUCUAUGGCACACGCACGAAGCUAGUGGUACCGUUUGUCAACACAUUGAAUGUGGAGAAGGAGAAAGGCUUCCGUUGGGGCUAUCCUGGCAUGGUCGUCGUGAUUAGAGGUCACGAGGAGAUCUUCUUCGAUUUCAACAAUAAUGGGCUACGGGAUGAUUGUGUAGUCACCGUUCUGCGGGCACUAGACAGCAUCGAGAGCGAUGAUGAACUGACCGAGCUCACCGCAGAAGAACAGACUGAUGCCGACGCUGCCGCUGCCGAACACGAAUUAUUGCUUGGUGCCCGCCAGGACAGUACCGCUGACACCGUUAGUAUAGAUAUGCAGAUGACCUUCGAUGACCCGACCAUGUCAAUCAUUGACUUCAAGCCUAAGAAGUGUAUGAAGAUCACAUGUUUGACCAUCGGUUCUCGUGGUGAUGUGCAACCGUAUAUUGCUCUGUGCAAAGGUCUCCUGGCCGAAGGCAUGAAGCCAAGGAUCGCAACACAUAUGGAGUUCAAGGACUGGGUGGAGAGGCAUGGUAUUGAGUUUGUGCCUGUCGGCGGUGAUCCGGCCGAGCUCAUGCGCAUGUGUGUGGACAACGGCAUGUUCACUCCAAAGUUCAUCUGGAAAGCCAGCACACAAUUUCGCGGCUGGCUGGACGAUCUACUCGACUCCGCGUACCGGGCUUGUAAAGGCUCCGACCUCAUUAUCGAGAGCCCGUCCGCGAUGUGUGGGAUCCACAUUGCGGAAGCACUGAGCGUGCCGUACUUUCGCGCCUUCACCAUGCCUUGGACGCGGACUCGUGCGUACCCACACGCUUUCGCCGUGCCAGGUACCAAGUACGGCGGUCAAUGGAAUCAGAACUCUUAUGCCGUGUUCGACACAGUCUUCUGGGCCAUCACGUCCGGACAGCUCAAUAGGUGGCGCACUAAGAGGCUCGGUCUGCCACCCACGACACUUGGCAGACUACAGCCGAACAAGGUGCCGUUCUUGUACAAUUUCUCGCCAAAUGUUGUUGUGCCGCCUUUAGACUUCAGUGACUGGGUCAAGAUCACGGGCUACUGGUUCUUGGACGAAGGCCAAGACUUCACGCCGUCUGCGGAUCUGCAGGCCUUCAUCGACAAAGCCCGCAAAGCAGAGCAGAAGAUAGUGUACAUCGGCUUUGGGUCUGUGACUGUCAAUGACUCCCGUCAAUUGACACAGCAAGUGGUCGAUGCAGUACGCAAAGCAGAUGUCCACUGCAUACUUUCGAAAGGCUGGUCUGACCGCUUCGACACGGAUAAAUCCUUGCCAGAGGUCAUGUUACCGGACUCUGUCUUCCUCAUCCGCGCGGCACCACAUGACUGGCUCUUCAAUCAAAUCGAUGCUGUCGUGCAUCAUGGCGGCGCAGGGACUACAGGUGCCAGUCUUCGUGCCGGGGUACCCACCAUCAUCAAGCCCUUCUUCGGAGAUCAGUUCUUCUUUGCAACUCGUGUUGAGGAUCUGGGCGUAGGCAUCCACCUUGAAAAGAUCACCGUCAAUUCUCUUGGCAAGGCGCUAUGGAUAGCGACACACGAUGAGCGUAUGCGCACGAAAGCGAGGAGACUGGGCGAGAAGAUCAGGAAGGAGGACGGAGUGGCCACGGCUAUCAAGGCGAUCUGGAGGGAUCUGGAAUAUGCUAAGUCGCUGAUCAAGAAGAGGCCGCAGACUGGGGCUGUGAGUGCGGCGGAGCUUGAAGAAGCGGAUGAGAUCGAAAGCUGGACUUUUGUGGAGGAUCUGGAGAUGAUGGAAGGGUCGGGCAUGGGAAGUCAGGUCGGGAGUACACUGGCGCAGCAACAGCAGCAGCAGGAACAGAGUUGGGGCUUGCCUUCGAUCAGCAAGGCAAGUGUUCUUGGAUCAAAGAUCAUUGGUGCUGGACAGAAGAUGGGAUAG